AUGACCACACCGAAUUUCGAUGCGCCGUGCACGUCCGACUUAUCACUACAGUUCAGCAUAUCGACCGUUUGUGAGCUCUUAGACAAGGACCGAGAACGGAUCCCGACAAAUGAGCAGAUAAAGGCGUUUCUCGAAAAAAUCCCAUCACAUGCGAGCAUUUGCAAAAAGACCGGACAACUCUCCCUUAGCAUACAAGAAAUAAAAAACGCAUUGGCUGACUCCACAUGUCCGGAAUGGUAUCGAGAACGACUGUCAUCGCCAGCUGCCAUUUUGACUAUAAUGAAACUUUUCGGUAGUCCACAUUUUCGGGUGCAAUCAGAGGAUUUUUGCUUGAUUGCUGUCACGAUCCACAAUUGUUUAAUUGAACGAUGGAAGUUAAUCGCUUUUGCGAAGGACAACUGCACGAUGAUUCGCAGCAUCGAUUUUUCGCAAUAUAUAACGCAAUGGAUCAGAGAAAAGACAAAUUUUACUGAGGAUGAAUUGGAAUAUGCGACUUGUUUAUAUGAGCACAAAUUUUCUUUCUUCAUCGAUCCAAUGCUGUUAAAAGUUUACCCUGUCAAAGAUAUUCUGUCUAGCGGUUUCUACCAGGAGAUGACAAACGCUUUAAAUACGGAUGAUAUUGAUAACUGGUUUUCUCGGAAAAACUUUGAUUAUGUUCUGGCCACCUACAAACAAUUGGAUCUGGAUUGCAACGGUUUAAUUAGUGCCUCGGAAUUGAUGACUUUCUCUGAAUUUAAUCCUGAAUUUAUUGGCCGAGUGUUUGCACAAACAAAUGUUUACGAUGCAAACGGAGAAAUGGAUUUUGGGGGCUUUUGCGACUUUAUACUAGCAUUUCAACAUGCGGAUACGAUGGCUGCGUGGAGAUACUUCUUCAAUAUUUUUGAUUCCGAUGGUGAUGGCUUUAUUUCACUCAGUGAUGUGAGAGCAUUGGUCUGCAGCCUCAUAGAUCGCUUGCAAGCAAUGAAUCGUGCAGAUAUUUUUACGAUGCCUGAUGUCGAUGAUCUGCUGACCUACGAAUUCUGGGAUGUGAUUGGAUGUGCGAAUAAAGAAAAGAUUUCUUUCCGCGACAUUUGCAAUUCGACGAUGGGCACGACAUUCUUUCGCGUACUAACGGAUGUGGAUCAAUUUCUGAAAUAUGACGAACGAGAAACCCAACCACAAGAUGAUCCAGCAGGGCCGAUUGAAGAUCGAUGUUAUCCA